CCAUCCCUUGUGAAAAACUGAAGGCACGAGUGUUUGGAGCACCGACUGCUGAAGUGGCCGGCUUUUGAACCAUGCGCCGGCCUGAGCCCCAGGACAACUGAGACUACGAAGAGACACAUCUUUGUGAAGCAGGGCCUUAAUUAAAGCCUUGUGACUCACAGCUACACACUGGAGGAGCGGGUUGAGGGGAGCACCUUGAGAGCGUUGGGACAAAGAGGAGGCAGCGAGAUGAGUCCUGAGCACUGCAGCUCAAUGAAGAAACAACACGACACACGCGUGAAACUAUAACUGCAGGAAAACAUCACUACUGGUGUCAGAAAGAAGGCCCCACUCCUCUGAUGAAUCUGAUCUGGGGUUUGAAACCUGCCUCCUGUGCCCAGCACAGGAUACGUCUGCUGUCAGGGAGGCCUGGAGGGAGUCCCAGUAGCUGCCCAUCAGUCCAUCAGGCCCACCAGCAGAAUGCAGGGGCUGAUCUGGAGCCUGUGUGCUCUACUCUGUCUUUCUCUCUGGGAAGAAAGUCACUGCAGGAGCUCCAGGAACAUCCGGAGCGUCAACGAGCCUUCCCUCCUCAGGACUAAAAGAGCUCUGCAGGACACUGAUGCUAAAAAGUGUUCCUACACAUUCCUAGUACCAGAGCAGAGAAUCACAGGUCCAAUCUGUGCCAGCACCACGGGCCCUGAGCCAGACAAAGACAGAGUGACCCGAAUGGACAUUUCAGAUGUACGGGAGGUUCUCAACAAACAGCGGCGUGAGAUUGAGACGCUGCAGCUGGUGGUAGAGGUAGACGGCAACUUGGUGAAUGAGAUGAAGCUGCUUCGGAAAGAGAGCAGGAACAUGAACUCCAGGGUGACCCAGCUCUAUAUGCAGCUGCUGCAUGAGAUCAUCAGGAAAAGAGACAAUUCUUUAGAGCUGGUCCAGCUGGAGAACCGCGUCCUUAAUGUGACCUCAGAGAUGAUGCGGCUGGCCUCCAGGUACAAGGAGUUGGAAGCCCGAUUUGCCACAAUGGCUGGUGUGGUAAACAACCAGUCAAUUCUCAUCUCUGCACUGGAAGAGCAAUGCCUGAGGACGCUGGGGCGCAGCGAGCUGCCUCCAGUCCCUCCGCUGGUUCAGGUGGUGCCAGAGAACAUACCAAUUGACAAUCGUUUCACCAAUGAAAUUGUGACAAAGAACCAGGCCUUUUCCAGAGCGUCACGUAGAGAGUCUCCCACAAGAAGUCCUUUUGGAAUGGAUCCACCUCCACCACAGGGAACACUCACCUCUGACGGUCCUUUUAAAGACUGCUACCAGGUGCGGCAGGCGGGCUACACCACCAGUGGUAUGUACCUGCUUAAGACGGAUAACAGUGAGCAACUGAUACAAGCCUGGUGCGAACAUGGCCUGGACAAUGGAGGGUGGACAGUACUGCAAAGAAGGAGAGAUGGCUCGGUCAACUUCUUUCGAAACUGGGAAAACUACAAGAAAGGGUUUGGCAACAUAGAUGGGGAGCACUGGCUUGGGCUGCAGAACAUCUUCAACUUGGCAAAGCAGGGUGACUACAGGCUGAUGAUAGAGCUGGAAGACUGGGCAGGAAAGAAAGUGUACGCCGAGUACAGCAGCUUCCACCUGGAGUCAGAGAGCGAGGCUUAUAAGCUGAGGCUCGGGACCUACCAAGGAAAUGCUGGAGACUCCUUCAGCAGUAACAACGGCAAAGCAUUCACCACACUCGAUCGUGAUAAGGACACGUUCUCUGGUAACUGUGCCCAUUACCACAAGGGCGGUUGGUGGUAUAACGCUUGUGGUCAGACCAAUUUGAAUGGAGUUUGGUACAGCGGGGGAGUUUACCGCAGCAAAUUUCAAGACGGGAUCUUCUGGGCGGACUAUGGGGGAGGAUUUUAUUCUCUCAAGUGUGUUCGCCUCAUGAUUCGACCAAUAGACUGAGAUUCCAAUCUAUGAUUUCAUUAAAUCACACCGUGUCUUACACGUAACACUUUGCUAAUAAAUAAUUUAUAUAAAAGGCAGAAUUGUGAUUUCUGCUAUUGUAAAAGACAGUUGAGAAACAGACCAGGACAUGCUUCUAUGGCCAGACCAUAAUGACUAGAGUUCUGCUGAGGAAUUGCUCUUCACCACCUACCAGGCUGGGCUGUCAUUCCUCCAGAGGUCCUCCAAUAUCACUCUACUUGUCUGGUAUAUAAUAAAGGGAAACUGCCAUUUUUGUAAAGCAUGACUUUCAUUUUGAUCAGCCAACACUGACCAACAGAAAGUAGCAAUAUAAAGUUAUAUUGUCUGCGGAAUCUUCUACCAGUGGAAGAUACACUUUGUUCAAUUCAGUACCUAAUUUAUGAGAUCAUCUGGACUUUUGUUUUGUUUCUGUGCAAUCCCCCCAAAAGAGGAAACUCACCCGUCUGUGUGUGCAUAAGGCUGAACUGGCUUUGGUAUGUAAAUAUAGUUUGCUUUAUAUUUGUUAAAGUUAAUUUAAAAAGGAGUGAUUCGACUCAGGUCCAAGGUUCACAGUGUUGUCACUCUGCCAUUCAUGUAUUUGUUGAGUGUGUUUAUAGAAAAUAUAGUCAAUCUUGGAAACUUUAUACUUUUUCCUGUAACUGUAUAAUUUACAACCCCACAUAAAGACCAGCUAGCAACACCUGAGCAGAAACACACAAACAUUUAUGAAACAAAUCACAUUGGAUGUCUGGUUGAUGUGUGGAUGCAGAACAUUUGAGGUUAGUCAUACAAGAAAAAAUAAUUUUUUAUUAAAUUA